GUCCAAGUGUCACUAAAAGUGUCAAAACAACGUGGUUACAUCGGUGUAAAAAUUUACCUACUUUUUAAUUCUUCUUUUUCUAAAUCAUUCGGAAUUUUGUCCGAGAAUUUAACUCAAAAUGGGAAAAGACAAAAAAAAGGGAAUCAAAGGUAAUGUUUUCAAAGUAGCCGGAGCCAAAAGUUUAAAGAAAACGAAAGCUAAAGCAGUGAACUUAGGCCUUAAAAAUAUUAAACAAAAAGUUGCAGAUAUUGAUAAGCAAUUCCUUGAUAUUAAAAACAAUCCAAAGUCAAAGGAGUCUCAGAAGAAACAAGUUAUUCAAGGACCUGAGAAGAAAAUAGAAAAAAAUGUAACUAAAGAAGAGGUAGCGUCAGCUGCAGCAGACAUUGAUAAAAUGGACUUAUAAGUCUGAUUUUGUAUAUAUUAUAUUUAUAAUAAGUGUAAAUAAAUAGGUUAAGACAUU